AUGAAGUUCCCGAUCAUCCUUCAGGUCGACAAGAAAAGGCCAAGGGAAGGUAGCGUGAUCAGCUUUUCGGAUCAAGAUUCUGAGGGCAUACAGCGACCUCAUGAUGAUGCGAUAGUUCUUGUCCUGAAAAUAGGAGGAAACAGAGUCAAACGUGUUUUGGUUGAUACAGGGAGUUCGGCGGAUAUAUUAUACAAACGAGCAUUCGAUCAAAUGAACCUAGAGCUGCGUCAUCUAGGUCAGGUACGAACACCCCUAGUGGGAUUCACUGGAGAUACUCUGCAACCGUUAGGCAAAAUUCCCCUAAGGGUCGAGUUCGGCCCGGUCUUCGGCAAUGAUAGACUUUCUGGUAGUUGA